GCCUCUGAUACUGUAAUGCAUUUAUUCUCUCUACUGUGAGCUUGUGAGGUUCAUUGGUGAAACAGGACAGAGGAAAGUGUAGUUCAGUAAAAACUCUGACUUCAACGUUUUGUGAAGAUGUGCUUCGUGCAGCAGUUGUUGGUGCUUGUGAGCCUCAUAGGAUGUGUUGAACUGAUCACAGUCACGACUUCGCAAAAAUAUGUCAAUGUCACAAGAGGUCAAAGUGCUCUGCUCCAGUGUUCAUUUGUUUCCACUGAGGCGGCGACCACCAGUCUCACCAUCCAGUGGGAUUUUGUUUCUUCUUCCGCUAUGACUUCUCAACAGAUCUGUUUCUCUCAGUCAGGAAAGGCUGUCAUUACAAAUUCUUACAAUGGCAGGAUUAAGUUUCCGUCUGAUCCUGCAACCACCAAGAACGCCUCGAUAAUAAUCAGUAACAUGCAGCCGUCAGAUGCUGGAGUCUACACCUGCGAGGUUCACAACUUCCCUGAUGUGGAAGGACAGUCUCAGGCCAAUAUCAUCGUGAAUGUCCUCGAGAAGCCCUCUGUUCCUUACUGCGCUGUCCAUGGUGAUGUGGCAACAGGUCAUCUGGUCACUCUGACCUGCCACAGUGAACAUGGAAGCCCAAACCCAACCUACACCUGGACCAGACUGGACCAGGCCAAGACAAGGAGGCCUGUACUGGGGAGAAUGACCACAACUGGAGUACUGGAAAUCAAAAACAUGUCCCAGUUUGAGUUCGGAGAGUACCAGUGCAACGCUACUAAUGCAGUGGGGUUUUCUACCUGCGCCAUUGAGCUCAGUCCUGACACGGGAGAUGGAGUGAUUGCUGGCGCCGUGAUCGGAGCUAUGCUCGGCUGUGUCCUCAUCGCCCUGGUUGUGUGGUUCAUCACUCACUCAGUGAAGAAACACAAAUACAAAGCUGUGAAGGCAGCAGAGGCCAACGAGAUGAAGAGGAACCCUACUCAAGCCCAGGAGGCUGCAGAAAGCGUUCCCAUGGCAACCACAGCCAGCAGCCAGCAUGCUGAGGGAAAUGAGGCACAUGCUUAAAAAAGGCCCCAUGAAAACAAGUGGAACAAUGUCACUAAUCUGAAUAACAGAAUGUCCAGGCUUUGAUAUACAUCAGCUUCAUGUCUGAAGAUGUUUUUUUUUUUUUUUUUAUGCUCAUUGUAAUUCAAUCACUUUGCAGCUUUUUUCAUUUGCCAAAUUGCUUCUUUGUGUUUUUUUCCUUCAAACCCUUGCUGGAGUGUAGAUGCAGCUCUCCCUCUAACAUGGUGUGAAAAUGAAACCGUAGAAGGAUUGUUUUUAAAGUGUGUUUCUUGUGCUUUUGUUUGUUUGUUUUGUGGUUUUUGUAGGUGGUGUGACAAUCAAACCAAACCACCUUUACUCCACAUGUAUGCUUAUUUGAAUGUACUGCAUGGACCUCUAGGUGACAUAAAAACAGCUUUUACAUAUGAUCAGAAGAUGCAAAUCAUACAAACGAUGAUCAUUGUGAUAGGGUGCUAAUAUUGAGGAUUGUGAGUAAUAUGCUCAUUGCAUGAUUUAGUUUUUUGUAGUUCCUUUGUAAGACAUUGUUGUAUUUGAAUGUAAGUUGUAUAUUUUUGAUGAUUUGUGACAUACAAGCAAUUUACAGAUCAUUAUUAAAUACAAUAUUGAGUUUUUUGA